AUGAAAAAAGGAUUUGGUUUUAAAAGGACUGGAUUAAGAAAGGAACAAAAUUUAUCUACAAGGAGUGAUGAAUUCGUCCCCCAUGUCAAUAAAAUAGAUAAUUCGAGUGAUACAGUUUCAAUAUACAUGACUGAACAUAUAUUAAGAAGAAUUAAAAUGCUGUACCCUCACUUAUGGUACGAAGGUAUUUGUUGUGUCCAUACAGUUUGCAAUAAUGAACUCAGUAAUAAGUCAACAAAAGAAUUAGUUGUGAUGCUAAAAGUUUUUGACUUAUUUAUUAGAUCUGAGGAAUGGUAUUUCAUUAAAACUAAAAAAGAAGUUAUUGCAUUAUCAACCUAUCCAGAGUUUGAGAUAAUUCGUAAUAACAUCAUCGACCUCAUUAAUUAUAAUGUUGCAUCAGAACAACUAAUAGUCGGUGUUAUUAACGAAGAUAUGACAUUAGGAAUGAGUGUUCAAUGUUACAAACAAUUAACUAAUGAAUAUGAACAAAUUAAUUCUUUAAUUAAAGGGAUCGACAAUUAUUACGAUGAUUUAAAUAAAUACGCUCAACAUGAAAUUAAUCAAAUUCACCAGAUUGAUUGGUAUUUUUCUUCAAGUUAUUCAAAUAAGAACAUUUUGAAUAGUUCAAAGGAAGAUUUACUAUUAAAAAGUAUUGAAAGAGAAAAAGAGGUAUUAGAUGGUUUAUUAGAUAAAUGUAACUGUAUUCAGAAAAAAAUACGAGAAAAAUACAAUUUAGGUACUGAACUAGUUAUAGAUAAGAAACUUCUUAAAGAAAUUGAAGAAAAACAGAAUGAAAUUAAUAACAAUGACCAAGUGAUAUCUCAAGAACUAAAACGUAAUUAUCAUUUAUGGAUUCAUCAUUUAGAAAAUGAAAAGAGAUAUUGUGAUGAAUGUAAAGAAAGAAUAAUUAAUAAAAUAAGUCAACUCAAUGAAUACCUAAAAUGUAAUUUCAAAAGAGAAGAAAUAAGAACAACUCCAUUAAUUCAAAAUGUUGAAAACCUAAAAUAUCUUAAUUGGUGUCUCAAAGAAACAAAUGACUUAUUAAUUCAUUUGAGUAAUAAAAACAACCCACUUUUUGAACAAGAAAAAUCUGGAUUAAAAGAUCAAACACUUAACAUUAUUCAAAACUCUUUCAAAUCUAUUAACUCAUUACUUGAUGAAGUUGAUGAACAACAAGAAGAAAUAUUAACAAAUUUAAACUCUUUGUAUUAA